UUUCCACACGUUAACAUAUAUUAAUGGCAAGAUGCUAUCCUACGAUCUCAACGAGCGUCUAAUGACUGCCGUACAUAGCGGAGACUUUGCUGAUGCGCUUAACUGCAUUAUUGAAGGCGCUCAGGCCACCUAUGUCUCUUCGACUUGCGGGCGCACGGCCGUUGGCACCGCUGCACUUUUAGGGGAUGCUGAAAUUUUGCAGCUUCUGAUACAGUCGUGUGAGGAGCCACAGCUCAAUAGGUUCCACCAAGGCGCGCAUACGGAUAGCAUGGAAACGGACAGCACGCCAGAUGGCAUGGAGAAGCUGGAGUGGGUGGAUGAGUUUGAGGGCGCGGAGUGUGAUGAGCAUAGCGACGAACAUAGCGCUGAAGAUGACGGCGGGCUAUAUCACUACUAUGCCAAGACCUUUGAGAACACGGGCGCAUUUCUGACGGAGUGCUGCGUCAGAUGCCGCCAUCAAGAUCCGCAUUUGUACGACACGGAGCUGACGACGCCAUUGCACUAUGCCGCUGCCUGGGGACACGACAAAUGCGUGGCCAUACUGCUGAAACAUCAGGCGCCCAUUAAUGUGGUGAAUAGUGAGGGUUAUACACCACUGCAUGUGGGGGCGGGCUUUGUGGAGGUAACUCGCCUGCUUAUCAAACAUGGCGCUCUCAUCAACGCCAAGACCUUGAGCGAUGGCAAGACAGCGUUGCAUUUGGCCAUAGAGAAUCGUGCGCCGGAUUCGGCGCAGCUGCUGCUGGAAAACAAUGUGAAUGUGAAUGAUACAGAUGAUGAGGGUGGCACGCCACUCAUGCUGGCCAUUGUAUGUGAUCUGCAUCCGUUAUCAUUCGAGCUACUGGAGCGUGGUGCACGCAUUAAUCUGCAGGAUAAGCACGGAUAUACAGCGCUUUACUACGCCGUAACGGGACGCCAUGUGAAAUUAGCCAAACUAUUGCUGGAGCGCGGCGCACGUCGUCUGCCCGGACAUCAUCUGCUGCAUCAUUGCAUUAGCGCUCAUCCCGAUGACCGUGAGCUAGUCUCGCUGCUGCUGCAACAUGGCGAAAGUCUAAGCGUGCGGGAUCGCGAUAAUCUAACGCCCAUCAUGCUGGCCAUACACCAACAGCUGCCCGAGCUGCUUAGCUUUCUGCUGGACCAAGCCGAACAGCAGCGUCGCUUGGGUCUUUACAAUGCUGCACAGGAUGAGGGCCUGCUCCUGUUUGCCGUGCAACAAAUUGAGGAUGUGCGUAUAUUUCGCCGCGUGCUGCGUGUGUUGCUUGCGAAGUUGCCCAGCGCACGACUGGAGCUCUAUGGCUCGCAGGCGUCGACGCUGUUCUGUGGCUUCACGUACAGUGCCACUCCGUUGGCGCGUGCCAUUAGCCUGCAGCGCUUGGAUAUAGCACAGCUGCUGCUUAGAGAGGGCGCGCAUCUGGGGCAGCUGCAGGCACAACUUAUGCAUGAUCUCUGCACCAAUGGCCAGCCACAGCUGCUAGCCUUUGCUGAAUUGUUAGUGAAUGCCGGCUUGAAGUUUCCACCGCCAAGUGAGCCACCUGGGCCCUUGGAGCAGCAGUUACGCCAACUUAGCACGGUGCCACGUACGCUGCAAUCCCUAUCCCGCCAGGUUAUACGUCAACGGCUGUUGGAGCAACUGCAGCAGCCGCAGUCGAUGCUGCAUGUCAAUUAUGCUGCCACAGAGCAAAGCUCGGCAUUGGCACGCAUUGUGGAUGCGCAACUCUGCGUGCCCAAUACGCUGAAAAUAUAUUUAAGCAAAUUCUCCGACUUGCCACAAAUGCGUGGCACGCAGCAUAAUGGACAAAUGAUUAACGCUCCCGAGUCCUGGGAUUAGGAAUUAUUUAUAAAGUAUUGCGUAAAUAUCAAAUAUUUAUAAUUCU